CUCAGCAACAGUUAUUUGAAUAAUUCAAUGGAUGUUUUGUGCACAAAAGGUGAUGACUAAAGUGUCUUAUUAGGAUUUUUCAAAUCUGACUUCGCUAUGUGGCGGUGUAUGGAAAUGGUCUUUCUGGGCCAGYCUCCAGUUAAACUGUAGUACCACAGCAUAACUAUAGGAGCAGAGUGGAAAACGUGCUUCUAGACGGGACCCCUGCCCCUUCAUAGAAGCUAGUGACGUCCCGGGUACUUUGGUCAUGGCUAGACGGUCUCCAGCUUUUGUCAAAUCAAUGUAUUUAAGCUAACCCUUUUUUAUUAACCUUAACCCAAUUCUCCUAACCUGCUGCACAAAUUCUAACCUGCUACGACCGUGUACUUAUUAUACUUGUGAGGAGCUUUGUGUCACAUGAAAAUAAUUCCUCCAUGAAACCACAAAUAACAGUAAUUUAACGUUAGGUUUAUGAUUUGAGAAAUAUGAAGAAKAUUUUCAAAGGUUUUUCCGAUAUUAAAAUAAUCCCUUUGAUUUAAAAUCAGUAAAUUUUAUGAAUCUAGGAAACAAAACUGUGGGUGGCUAUGAAGAGUGAUAGRCUUUGUUUCAGGGGGAUAUAAUAUGCAGUCGGAACAUCAACAAGCAUGGAUGGAAAGGGAGAGCUAGCUCCACGUAUCUGAAAUCUGUCACGUUUUACACUUCUAAUCAAAGCUGGUCAACAAGAGGUGCUUUGAAAUGGAGCCACAACCCAAACGCAGAAAAGAAUAUGAGUGUGACAUCGACUCCUGGGUUGCUUACCCUGUGCUGUCCAACGAGCAGUCACAAGACAUUGAGCUAAUCGAGGCCUUUGCAGCUCCCAUCAUCAACAAGAAAGAAACCUCUCGUUUGAUCAAGGAGUUGGCCAAAGUAUARCCAUUACCUGGACUUCAGCACAUCAAGAGAGUACGGUCAUGCAAGGAUAAGGGCAGCCCUCACCCUCUGGAGGUCAUUGUAUGCCUUGCCAGUGAUGCACCAGRCAUUGACCGCAGUGAGGAGCUGCACAUAUCUGAUCUGUCGUCCUCCAGUAGAUUAAACUGUGAAGGUCUAGGAGACCCUUUCCUGGUCAAGAUACCAGCAUGCCCUCCUUUGACCAGACCGCAGUUUGAGCAGGCCAGCAAACACUGGCCCACSUCCUUUCACGAGGACAAACAGGUGACUGUGGCCCUGAGGGGCCAGCUGUUCACCUCCUCUCAGAAAUCAAAGAUGCAGGAGUACAUGAUGGCUGCUGUGGCUGCAGCCAGAGCGGGGCAGGAUAGUGGCAUGGAGGCUGUGGGGGCUGCGGUCYUUGACCCAGYGGCAGAGAGGAUCCUCGCUGUGGGACAUGACUGCCGGCAAGGCGGUCACCCACUUCAUCACGCCAUCAUGGUCUGCAUUGACCUUGUGGCACGUGGGCAGGGGGGUGGGGCCUACAACUAUGACAAGUACCCCGCCUGCCAGUCUGCUUUGCCCUUUUCCUCACCCUCUCAAAAACAGGGCGCCACCACCAUGACAACCUGUGGGGUCGUGCAGGACGGGGACAGUGCAGAGGAGAGCGGUGAGCCAUACAUCUGCACCGGGUACGACUUGUAUGUUACUCGAGAGCCUUGUGUUAUGUGUGCCAUGGCGCUAGUCCAUUCUAGGAUAGGCAGAGUCUUCUAUGGAACAUCCUCUAUCGAUGGGGCAUUUGGGACUAAAUAUAAAAUCCACGCUCAAAAAGAUCUGAAUCACCGCUUUGAAGUUUUCAAAGGAGUCUUGGACCAACAGUGUUCAGACCUUAACAGGCCAGUACACUAUAUCAAAAUGAAUUCUUAAAAAAGGUUCACAAUUGUUACAGGAACGCUAGACCAUUAUAAACGGAUGAAUCUCAUGUCAGACUACUAGGCACACGCGGUUGAUGAAUGAGACUAGAUCAAUGUGUGAAUUAGAUAAGUAACAUUUUACUUCUGGAAGAUUUUGGAUUACAUAAACACAUUUUAAUGUUUUACUUUGUUACUGUGUAAAAUUCAAUGCAAUAAAGUUUUGGCCACUUUGUGACA